AUGGAUGACUACAGAUCAAAAUCCUACAAUUAUAGUGAUCGAGACUUGCAAUUAGAGAGAUACAAUGGUGGAUUUGGCCCAAAAUUACCCGAUUUCGACCGCCAUCCACCCCGCGAUUUCAGAUCUUACAGCGUUUCGUAUGCUUCUUCCUACAAACUCCCACAGUCAAAUAUGGAUAUCGUUGUUGCCAACACUGAGAAUAAUUUCAAGUUGAAGAGAGGGAAAUCCACAAAUGGAUCAAUCUCAAAAUCAUGGAGUUUCGCUGAUCCUGAGUUCCAAAGGAAGAAGAGGGUUGCUGGAUACAAAGUCUACUCCGUUGAGGGAAAACUCAAAGGAUCGUUUCGGAAGAGCUUCAGAUGGCUUAAAGAUAAGUAUACCCAUGUUAUUUAUGGAUAA